GCUUAUUAGGUUGCACUCAGUACUUCCGGUACACAGUAGUGGCUGACAGGGAAGAGAAGUGCACAAUGUUUGGCUUUGUACAGUGCAGGGGAAUCCAGCGGUGAUCGUAUAGUGAGUGGCGGGGGAGACGUCUUUCAGGUAUGGCUGGUCGUAGGAAAAGAGCUGCUCCAGCAAAGCUGGAUGAUGAAGCAAAGAAGCAAUUAUGCUGGAACAUGCAUGAAGACAGAAGGAAUGACCCAACUCUAGAAGUGAAUGAAAGUGAUCUAGAUGCUAGUACAUCAUUCUCAUUUGUAAAAGACAAACCUGAAAGUCUGUUUCCCACAUUGGGACCUGAAAAUGUUAUUUCAGAACUAUGCACUGAGGGUAAAAAAGAACCCAAUGUCAUCUUAACACAAGUGUUCACUGACCUUACUAUUUUGAACUCCCUUCAUCAAGUAGAUGUUUGGAAAGUGUUGCUAGGUAUUUUCAGUAUUUAUUUUAAGUCCACACUGCACUCUGAAACUAUUUUUCAAGGCCACAGUUUUACAUUGACUAGAAAUGCUCCACAGUCAGCUCAGCUACUACUUUGCGCCUAUAAAAGCGGAACAGAUGAGGAUGAUAAGGGGACUAUAAAUUCAUGCAGGAAGAAUAACACAGAAGAGCUGGUGGUUGAAACCUCAGUUGGAGAUCAGUUGCUUGAAGAUUUAAUAUGGUUGCAAAAAAAGAAGCUAAUUGCACUUUGUCAAAGACAAAUAGAACAUGAUGAAAUUAAGGUUGGAAUAUAUUUGCUGGAAUCGUGCUUAUCUAAACCUGAAUUUCUAAGUGAAGGACAUAGAAGAAUGAAAAAAUCUGGCGUUAUCAUUCAGCGUAUGAUGGAAAAAUUCAAUAACAUCACCAUUCCAGAUAUCAAUGAGGAGGAUGAUGAAGAGUCGGACCAAGAUCUAGAGAGACAGAAUAUUGAAGAACUGUAUGACUAUGUAAGACAGACACAUCAGCAGGAAGUACAGACUCUCCGUGAGGAUGUGCAGCACCCAGCUUUGAUACCAGUUCUCCGUCCAUACCAGAAUGAUGCUGUCAACUGGAUGCUCGAAAGAGAAAACUACAAAAAUGUUGCUUCUAAAGAAAACUCUCUGCAUGCGUUGUGGAGGGAAAUAACCACACUUGAUGGAGUGAAGAUCUACUAUAAUCCUUUCUCUGGAAGUAUCAUUCAGGAAUACCCUGCUGCUUCUCAUGAGUGGCCUGGAGGAAUUCUUGCAGAUGAAAUGGGCCUCGGAAAGACAGUGGAAGUUCUGAGUUUGAUCCUUUGUCAUCCAAGAAAAGAUCUUCAAGCUGACUUGCUGAUGUUACCUGAGGGAAGAGUCGUAAACUAUUUUAUUCCAACUCCACCAGUAGAAACAUCUAAAAAAAGAAAAGCUGGAGAUACCAGAUUAAUUUACCCAAGUUUACAAGUUAUGAUUCUUGCAGCAAUCAAGGAAUUGAGUGUAAGCAAAGGUGUGUCUGUAAUCGGCAUACUUAAAUAUGUGAACUCUGUAUACAGUUAUGACAUGCAGAGAAACCAUCGGCUGCUUAAAAAGACAUUGGAAAAACUACUAUCUAAAAAGAUUGUGGAGCAGGUUAAAGGACGUGGACUUCAAGGAUCUUUUAAGCUGGGGGUGAAUUACAAAGAAGAGAUGACACAAGAUAAACAACAAACACUGAGAACAAGAACUUCCAGCAGAACACAACACAAAAGAAAUCAUCUCAAAGAAAACAAUGAAGAGCUUUCUCAGACUGGCACUGAUAUAGAUAUGAUGCCGAAGGAUCAUGACUACUGUGCUCUAAACAGAGACGAUAAGCUGGAAAAUGAUCACCACAACUCUACAACAACAAAUGGAAUUUCAAAAAGAAUGUCUGGUUUGGAAGCUUGUACUUUAACAGAUGACUCAUCUACAACCACUAGUAACAGCACAGCUUUUGCAGAAUCUGGUGAUUUAGGAAUACAAACAGUUGAUGAGAACUUUGAGUCCCCACAAAUAGUCUUCCCUAGUAAUACCUCUAAUUACCGAUUUGAAUGUAUAUGUGGAGGACUGCAAUAUCCUGACCUCAAGCACAGAGUACAGUGUUUACAGUGUCAUUUAUGGCAGCAUGCUGAUUGUGUAAACUAUAAAAAAGAAAAUGUAGACACAAUACCAUUUUAUUGCCCACACUGUCUAGUAGCAAUGAAGCCAGUUCCCACAGGAGCAACCCUGAUCAUAUCCCCCAGUUCCAUUUGCCACCAGUGGGUAGAUGAAAUUAACCGACAUGUGCGCUCAUCUUCUCUACAAGUUAUGGUUUAUCAAGGAGUCAAGAAACAUGGCUUUCUGCAACCACAGAUGUUGGCAGAACAAGAUGUGGUGAUAAUCACUUAUGAUGUUCUGAGAACCGAGCUUAAUUAUGUGGACAUCCCACACAGCAACAGCAAAGACGGGCGCAGGUUUCGAAACCAAAAGCGGUACAUGGCAAUACCAAGCCCACUCAUUGCUGUGGAGUGGUGGAGGAUCUGUUUGGAUGAAGCACAAAUGGUAGAGUGCACAACAGCAAAGGCUGCUGAAAUGGCCUUACGUCUAACUGGAGUUAAUAGAUGGUGUGUUAGUGGAACCCCAGUGCAAAGAGGAUUGGAAGAUUUGUUUGGGUUGGUAUUAUUCCUUGGAGUGGACCCCUACUGGGUGAAACACUGGUGGGACCAGCUUCUCUACAAGCCUUAUUGCAGAAAGGAUCCUCUGCCAUUAUACCAUCGCAUAGCCAAAAUAAUGUGGCGAUCUGCAAAAAAAGAUGUACUUGACCAGAUUCAAAUCCCAGAGCAAACAGAAGAUGUACACUGGCUGCAUUUCUCCCCAGUGGAAAGACAUUUCUACCAUAGGCAACAUGAAGUAUGCUGUCAGGAUGCUCUUGCUAAACUACGCAAAAUCUCAGAUUGGUCUCUCAAGUUGAGUAGCUUGGACAGACGAACUGUGUCCUCCAUCUUGUACCCCCUUCUGAGGUUGAGGCAGGCCUGUUGCCAUCCGCAGGCUGUCCGUGGAGAAUUUUUACCAUUACAGAAGAGCACAAUGACAAUGGAAGAGUUGCUGACAUCUCUGCAGAAGAAAUGUCGUACAGAGUGUGAAGAGGCCCAUCGUCAGCUUGUCUGUGCUUUUAAUGGUCUGGCUGGAAUCCACAUCAUUAAAGGUGAGUACCCACUGGCUGCAGAAUUAUAUAGAGACGUAUUGAGGUCAUCAGAAGAACACAAAGAGAAAAUUAAAACUGACUCCUUACAAAGACUGCAUUCUACACACAACCUGAUGGAACUUCUGACAGCAAAGCACCCUGGGAUCCCACCAACACUUAGAGAUGACAAACUGGAAGAAGAGAUAAAACAGCUUAAAGAACACUACAUGACCAAAUCUAAUGCUGAAGUGUCUGAAGCUCACCAAGCUUUGCAACCAUGCCUACAAAAUUUAAGAGAACUACAACGAAAGACAAAUUUCUCCUCCCCCUGGUGGAUUGAUGUAAUCCAGCGUGCAAUCCAUAAUGCCAGUGAUGAAGAUCUUGUUCAGCGUGUACAAAAUGAAAUAACAAUCAGAUAUAAACAUCAAGUUAACAAGCUGUCCAUGGCUGAAAAGUUCCGGGACUGCCGAGGACUUCAGUACAUUGUCACAACGCACAUGGAAGAACUGAAGAAGUGCCAGAAACUGGUGAGAGAAGCUGUGAAGAAUCUUGAGGGUCCUCCUUCUCAAGAAAUUAUCCAGACUGCCUCAGUAUGCCACCUCCAAGUUGGUCGACUUCCACUCCACAUCUGUGUCUUUUGUAAAGCUGAUGAAUUAUUCACAGAUUAUGAGUCAAAACUCUUCGCUCCUACGGUAAAAGGUCAAACUGCCAUCUUUGAAGAGAUGAUUGAAGAGGAGAAUGGUGUUGUGGACGAUCGCUUGCCCAAAACAAGUCGAGGUCUGUGGGCUGCUAGUGAGCUUGAACGUGCCCUGAAAGCCAUACUGACCUUUGCUAGAAGCCACCGCAUGGAUACUUGGCUAACUGAUGAAGGUGCUACCUUCAUGGAGCUAUUCGAAGCAUGGAAGAAAGAAUACAAGUUUCUUCAUGAGUACUGGAUGGUCUUAAGAAAUCAUGUGUCAGCUAUCGAUGAACUUUCUAUGGCAACCCAGCGCAUUAGAGUCCGUCUUCCUGAUGAACCAAAGCCUAAUCCCCCUGUUCUUCAUAUUAUUGAACCACAUGAAGUGGAACAGAACCGUGCAAAGCUGCUAAAUGACAAAGCCGUUGCCAGGUCACAACUACAGAAGAAGCUGGGGCAGCUCCUUUAUCUUACUAAUUUAGAGAAGUCUCAGGAUAAAACAUCUGGAGGAGUAAAUCCAGAGCCCUGCCCAAUAUGUGCCCGGAGUCUCGGAAAACAGUGGGCGGUAUUAACUUGUGGCCACUGCUUCUGUAAUGAGUGUGUGGCGAUCAUGGUAGAACAGUACAGUGUUGGUGCUCGUAAAAGUGCAAUCAAAUGUGCGAUUUGUCGCCAGACUACCUCACAUAAGGAGAUUUCCUAUGUGUUCACAAGUGAAGCUGCAAAUGAAGAACAGGAUGUUCCUGUAAAGGGAAGCCAUUCCACCAAAGUUGAAGCAGUGGUCAGAACUCUCAUGAAAAUACAGUCAAUGGACCCUGGAGCCAAAUCAUUGGUAUUCUCUACGUGGCAGGAUGUGUUGGAUAUCAUCGCUAAAGCUCUGCAAGACAAUGGCUUGGUGUACUCACAGAUUAAUGGCCUUCAUAAAUUUCAGGAAAACCUUUCUGCAUUUAAAUAUGAUCCUAAGAUCAACAUUUUGCUUCUUCCACUGCACACUGGAUCCAAUGGCCUUAAUAUCAUUGAAGCUACUCAUGUGUUACUAGUGGAGCCCAUUCUGAACCCAGCACAUGAGCUACAAGCUAUAGGUCGUGUACAUCGCAUUGGACAGAAAAAAGCUACAAUAGUCCAUAGAUUUCUGAUUAAAGCAACAAUUGAAGAAAGGAUGCAAGCAAUGUUAAAAGCAGUGGACAGGAGUCACACAAGUACAUCCAUGAAGCAGUCGGAAGCUGCUGUCCUGACUGUAGCUGAUCUUGCAGACCUGUUUACUGAAGAGAGAGAACUUGAGUAAUGGUUAAUUUGUGGACACACUGAUAUGCCCUCAAAGGCACUUUCCAAUGAGACUGUAACUUUCCUAUAGUUAUUUUCUUUAGAAUGCACACGGGACCACUGGUGAUGAAAUUAUUAGGUAUAUGACAGACAGGUGUAUUUUAUUCUCUACAGAUUUCUGUUUAAUGUGUUUGUACUGGUUUAAAAAAAAAAAGUGUAAAAAAAAAAAAAAAAAACGUAAUCUUCUAGCAAUAUUUUCUAUUUCACAGGAUUUAUUUGUACCUCUAGUCUAUAACUUUUAACAUAAUUCUUCAACACUGAUGCUGCUCUAUGUUCCCUGAUAGCAUAUGGGAAAUAAGUUGAAGACCACCGGUGCCAUGUGGAGUGAUCAUCAUAUCUAAUCAACUGAUCUUGGCUUUCCAAACGAAGAUCAAUAUAAUUACAGUUAAAUCAAUCUGCAACAAGUCUCAAACCAUGAGUUUAGAUCUGAGCAACCCCCUUCUCGAUUUUGCAUUUUAGCAGAAUUAAGGGAUCUGUUCCCAACCCUUUCACCCACUGUGCAUCCACCAUCAUUGGAAGUGUAGCUGGUAUGUGCUUUUGAAUAGGAAUAGUUGACUUAUUGACAAGAAUUUUCUGAUGAGCAACUUUUCUACAAACGUUUGAACACCAUCCAUGUGUGUCCAGCUUUACAACUUUGCAUCUCCACGACAGGAAGUAAAGGGAAAUAUCCCCUGUAGGACACGGAAGGAGAUUUAUAGCCCCGUACACAAGAUCGGACCUUUGUUCGACCAAAAUCACAUCGGAGUAAAAGAGAACAUGUUCUCUAUCUAAACUCCAAUGGAAAUUAUUGGAAUUUCUGAUUGAAUUACUCCGGUGGGGCAUACAUACGGUCGGAAUUUCCGAUGGAAAAAGUCCACCUGACUUUUUUUUAUCAGAAAUUCUGAACGUGUGUACAGGGCAUAAGUCUUACUUCAUCUAAAACAAUUUUUUUUUUAGCUGUACAUGCACUUUAAAUCUUCUGGAGGACCCCUCUGUAAGUGCUUAAUUCUGUUUUUAGUUGUUUGGUCUCAAAUCUGUUAAGCAAAUCUUACUGUAAACUUACCUUUAAGUAUGCUUCACAGGAGUAAACCAAAAAAAAACAUCAAAAGUGUAGCCUUAGAUAGAUAGAUAAAUAUCAAUAAACGGGACAGAUGUGCCUUAGGCACAUCAAAAUGGAACAAUCGUUCCAAUGCACACCUACAGAAUGUCAAGUUGCAUCAAGUUAGGAGAAAAAAAACAUGGAGGUAAGGCAUAUGCCAUAAUGGCUUUCAACCAUUUAAAAUGA